AUGAACAACCUGGAAAUAAGCCCCUUCAUCAAAGCUCUGCCAAAAGUCGAGCUACACAUCCACAUAGAAGGAACCCUAACACCAACCCUCCGCUGGACCCUGGCAGCCCGCAACAAGAUCCCCCUCCCCUACAAAACCCUCUCAGAGCUCCAAGCCUCCUACGCCGUAACCCUCAACCAUCGCCCAGAGCUUAACGGCCGCCAACCAGGCAUCCCAACCUUCCUAGAGGCCUACUUUGCAGGCUGCGAAGUCCUGCGCACAGAAGAUGACUUUUACGAUCUAGCCAUGGCCUAUCUAGCCCGCACAUACCCGACGGGGGUUCCAGCAGCUGCGGUUCUGAAUGGGUACCUACGUGCGCAGCGGGACGCGAUUGCGAUGCACGGGGUGCGCUCACAGUGGAUAUUGUGUUUCCUGCGCGAUGAGUCUGUUCAGGAUGGUCUUGCGGCUUACCAUGAGGCGCGGCCGUGGGCGGGGGGUUCUGUUGAGGGCGGGAAGGGGUUGUUCCAUGCUGUUGGGUUAGCGAGUAACGCGUACGAGCGACCGCCGAUGCUUUUCGAGGAGGGGUUUGCGCUGGCGCGCGGGGAUGGGUUGCAUGUUACUAUGCAUUGUGAUUUUGGGCAGAAGGAUACGCUGGAGCAUGUGCGGCAGGCUAUCUUUGAGGUUUGUGGGGGGUUGGGUGCGGAACGGAUUGAUCAUGGGCUGGAUGCUUGGAGGGAGGAGGGGCUGUGGAGGGGAUUGCUUGACCGGGGGAUUGGGUUGACUCUUUGUCCGCAUGCUUAUCAUCGUCGGACGGCGACGGAGGCUUUGUUUCCUAUGAUUAGGGGGUUGGUGGAGGCUGGGGUGAAGGUUUGCAUUAAUAGCGAUGACCCAACUUUGAUGCAUGAUGUUUGGAUUGAUGGGAACUUGCAGAAGGUUUAUAGUUAUUGUGGGUUUGGGAAGAAGGAGAUGGUGCAGCUGGUUCGGAAUGCGGUUGAUAUGUGUUGGGCUGGGGAUGAUGUGAAGAAGUCGAUUGAGCUGGAGUUGGAUGGUGUUGAUGUUUCCGAGUGA